CCAAGACAGACCACUAAUCGCCUCUGAGCAGAGAGCACAGACGCUGUUGCAGUGGUGCGCACGAGCCUGAGCCUGAGGCGCUUUCCUGCGAGCUGCGCUGUUCCAACUUCGCUUGGGAGCUUCUGCUUUGCUGCAACUUGCAGUGCUAGCACUCCGUAGACAAGUCAUAGAUUAGGCGGUGCUUGUUAUCUGAAACCUGGUCUGCUACCUGAGGACCUUUGUUAGGCAUCACGGUUACAGAGAAUGGGGUGGCGCAGGAAGCGGAAAGUGGACGAGAAGGGGUCAACCGAAAAGGGCAAAUCCAAGAAGAAGGCCACAGCUGAGGCCACAGCUGAGCCGGCAGCAGGAGACAAUGCUGCGGUGGAUAAGGAUGACAUUGAAGGCAAUAGAACGCAUGGGGCGUUCUUUGGCUGCUACCUCUUGAGCAGCCUCAAUCCAAAGAAGAAGAACUCGACCUACAUCGGUUUCACGGUCAACCCGGCUCGUCGCUUGCGCCAGCACAAUGGGGAGCUGACGUCUGGGGCCUACAGAACGAAAAAGAUGCGCCCUGUUGAGAUGGUCCUGGUGGUCUACGGCUUCUCCUCAAUGGUGCAUGCGCUGCAGUUUGAGUGGGCGUGGCAGCACCCCACUGUGUCGCUGGCGGUCAAGGAGGCUGCGGCCACCAUCAAGAACCGCAGGAGCGUCAAGGGCAAGAUCGCACUGCUGUACGCCAUGCUCAAGCUGCCAAAGUGGAACAAGCUGCCCCUGGUGGUCCAGUUUGUGAGCAGCCGCCACGUGGUGCACAAGCUGGGGCUGCCCCCCUUGCCCGACCACAUGGACUGCCUCCUUGCGCCACUCUCCAGCCUGCGCAUCAAAGUGGACGAGACAGCACAGGACCCCCCCAUCCUGGACCCCCCCAGCGAACCCCCUCCAAACGAGCCGUCAGAAGUCCCUCAAGCGUAUGCUGGAGGUCAAAAAGAUCAAGAUGGCGCUUCUUCGCUGGAUUCAUUGGGGGCCGACUCCCCCCCUCCUUCCGUGCCCCCUCGAAACCCUCGUCUGGAGACCCCGUCGUCUCCACCUGGUGCUUCCGGCUGGGCGGAUCCCCUUGCGGACUGGGACUGGUUGGACCAAGACAAAGCAGAGUGGGACAAUAGUCCGGGCUCAUGGGGGGAGCAAGAGCAGGAAAAGGCGGACCCUUUUGCCACCUGGCAGCGGCUCAAGGCACCGAAGGACGUCUCAAUGGCUUCGCUCAAGAGGGGCAGGAGGAAGGGCGCUAGUUUGGUGGGAGGCACAGGCAGGGGGGCGGAGCCGGAAAGCGAUCCUGUAACGAGCUGGAGUGAAAGGGGAGAGGGGUCCGAUGCAGAUUGGGCCCUUGGAGAAAGGGAGGAGGGUGCUCUUGAUCGAAGAGAGGAGGUGAAGGGUAGAGUGCGGUCAGAUUGGCAGCCAACUGGAUGCGCCGGGGCUGUAGAAGCUGACGAAGAAAGUGACGUUGGCGCUGGCAGGAGGUCUGAGCGAGAUGACAGCGUGGAUUUUGAGUUACCGCUCUGGCAACGCCUUGAGCGGGCGAGAGAUGGCGGUACAAAAGCGGGGACAGCAAAUGGGGUAAGGCGAAGAGACACGGUCAAUCUAGUCGGGUGCGAUAAGGAAUCCUUAAGUAGGGAGGAGAAGAGCAAGAGAAGAGAGUUGCAAACCCGGCGAGGAAGAGAUAUUGGGGGCCCUCAUUGUAGUCAGGGGCCCCCCUCUUUAAUGGGCGUCGAGUUGGUUGUCUUGGAGGGCUCUCCAGUGCUACAAAAAGCGAUGAUGACGGACAAGGGAGCGCGGCGAGCCCAGGUCCGGGACGCAAUCGCCACGGAGUAUAGAGCUGCGCAAUCUGUUCAUAAGGGGAUGCAUGAAGAGGUGGGAAAAUGGGUACUUCCAGACAUUACACGAUUGUCCAGAGAGAGAGUGGUUAUUGAUCUGGACCCUUGAAUUCCGGAAAGGACCUUCCGGCGGACAUUGCUAGUAACGCCUAGCUCUGAAGUACGUACACUGACCCUGGUCUGGUCAUGCUGGCAGGAUCUGCAUGCCCUGCCUGGGCGUAUGCUGCAUAGCGGAGUCGAAAUUGACUUGCACUCUUGUGAAGUUCGACUUUAAGCCGCUCCGGGGCGAUUCCGUCUUGGUAGCGCACGGCAACUAGCUGUGGUGAGCAACGAACGGUACGUACCUAUCUUAAUAGUCGGU